AUGCGGCACGCUCUCGCGAUCGUGCUCGUAGCACUUUCGCUACGAGCAUUGACCGCGCAAUCCGUGGACGAAUCGUCGGGAUCAGGUCCGGAGCCGGUGUCAACGACAACAGAGAGCUACAUCCAAUUCUAUGAGGAUAAGUUCAGUUGUAGUGGAAAACCAAAUGGUUUGUACGCUGCUGGCCCUUGCCAAAAGCUUUUCCGGAUGUGUAAUGCCGGAAUCGCUAUGGAUUUCGCUUGUCCGACGGGCACAGCCUUCGAUGAGCGUCUCAACCGGUGCGAGUACUUUAAUAACAACACGGAUUGUUCUCAGUAAGUUACUUUAUCUUUGUUUUUUUGUGUUUUUAGAUUAUGAGCUUGGGGAUGUUUGGAGAAGGUUAUUUCUUUGCCAAUUUUUGAGGUUUUUUACCAAGAUUUGUCCGCUUUUCCUUCUUUCCGGGAAAAAAAUGUUAUCUAUAUUUCUUUGGAGUUGUUUCGCUAAAGAAGCCAGAAAGGAACCUGAACCAGAUCCGGUCUGGUCUGCCUAUGAUUGGCGUUACUUUGUUACGGUGAAAUUUCGAAUUCUUCGUGUUACUGAACUCACCUUUACAGCUUGUUGGCAACGACCACAACAACUACCACGACAACAACUACUACUACGACGACAACGACUACCACCACGACGACAACAACUACUACAACGACGACGACCACUACGACCACAACCACGACGACUACGACAACGCCUACUACAACAACUACAACAACUCCGGCGGUCACCGAAGAUCCGCUGUUUAUGAAAACGUACCCGACCUAUAAGUCGAAUCGUCGUUCCUCAUCGACUCCAAAGCCAGUUUCCCAUGUAAUUUCUUUCGUUCCGGAUUUGAAGCCGAAACGAUUCCGGAGUAAGUGUAGUAUUUGUUUGUUUUGAUUGGUGUUUAGCGAUCUCAUACAUCCCACAAGUUGAAGAGGACUGUGAAGAAUACGAGGAACUUCCGCUGGUCCCAGAGGGAGAAGAGUCGAUAGAGAAAUUGGAUAUUCCAGAAGCUCCACUUGUUCAAGCUCCAGUUGUUGACGAGGAAUUGCCUCAAUCUGAGUCGGAUUCUGUAGAAGAAGGAGUUCAUAACUCAGUAGAGCAACUGCCAGAACAACCACAAGAUCCCGUGGAACGUUUGAGCGAUCUCCCGACAGAUAAUGGCGAAGGAAACAUUGAAUAUCUUGGUCCCCUAGCAACACCAAAAUCUCCGUCGAAUCAGGUCCCGAGUUCAACUGGCCAACCAAUCGAACGCCUGGAUACAACACUGACUCCUGUAGUCUCAACCGAAAGCCAAUUUGAAUAUCUAGGUCCACUUCCAGGUAUAAUUUUCGCAAUUUUUUUGUUUUUUGAUGAUUGUAUCAAAAUAUUAUGCCAUAUGAAUUAAAUUUAGAAAGGUCCACAGUCGCCCCGCAGUCAAUCUCAACUGAUCAGCCGAUUGAGCGUCUAGAUUCGACCCCUGUUCCUACAACUUCAACCCAAGUUCAAUACGAAUAUCUAGGUCCAAUUCCAGGUAAGAUUUUUCCUUUCGUUUUUUGGUUUAGAUGCAACGCAAUGAAUACUAAAUUUAGAAGCCUCAACUGCCGCCCCGCAACCGCUGGUUCAGACCACAGCGAGCCCAACGGUUCGCCCGAUUCCUGUUGCCAUUGUGGAGCAAUCUUCCUCCUCAUCAGAGGCCCCAACUACUCAGAAAUUCGAUGGGUUUGAGUUAAUUGGGUCCAUCGACAACAGCGAAUCGACGACAUCAGGUCCAACCGAUGGUAAGGUUUUGAAGUUUAAUCAGUUAUUGUGUGUAGUUUUGAGAUUUCUGGUUGAGAAUGAAGUUUAUUACUUUUCGUAUAAUAUACCAGGCAGAAUUUUUUAUAGAUUUUUUGGGGCGUUUUACGUAAUAUUGCCUUCGAAGGCUGAUGUAAUAUAAAUUUUAGCUCCUGCAUCUUCCUCGACGACCGGCAAGUACGAUGGUUUUGAGUUUAUUGGCAGGAUAAGAGAAGAGUCUGGUGAGAAAUACGCUGGAUUCGAGAAAUUGGGUAACGUCGAGGAUGUUCCGACAACCCCGCCCACUCCACCGGCUGCUCCACUCUCAGAUGGCCUAGAAUUUGUUGGAGAAGAACCCCCAUCAACCGUGCUCCCCACUGUGCAGAGCACCGUUCAAGUAGUCCAAACAACAGCUCCACCGGCACCUGUGAACCUCGUUCCUAUUGAAACUCCGGCCACAACAACUACUGCUCCAGUCACUUCAAAGUACAGUGGAUUUGUCUACUAUGGACAGGAAAAGGUUCAACCACCUGUUGUUGUAGUUGACCCCACAACGACAGAAGCCCCGGAAACGAGUCCAACUACUCGACUCUCUACUGGAUUUGGUCCUGUCGUUAAUGGUGGGUAAUUGAUUUCGAUUGGUCUUUACAGGUUUUUACUGUUUAGGUCCUCAAAACGAACAGAACUUUGGUGAUGGUGCGGGUACCACUGAGGCGAGGACUCCAUCCACGACCGAAGAUCCUCUCUUUUUCUUUGGAACGCCCACGCAGCCACCAGUGAACAUCGUGGAGACAUCAACUUUGGCCCCGUCCACAGAUUCCCCAUUGGAAUACCUUGGACCGGCCUCGAAGGACGAGAACAAGUACGAAGGAUUCGAGUAUUUUGGAUCUUCAACGGAAAGUAAGAGUAUUUUGUUUAUUUUUAUUCCGCCUUUAGAGCCUUGUGUAUCAUCAACGAGCACUGCCCUUCCGCCAAUAAAUGUGGCCUCAUCGCCUCCGGAAUCAGCCGAAUGGAUCGGAGAAUGGCCUCCAGCUAGUAGCCAGGCCCCCGAGAAGACUGAUGUUGAGAAUUUUGUUGAUGUAAAUCUAUCCUCGACUGUUCAGCCAUCUUGGACUCAUCAACCCUCAAUUCAGGAGUGGCAGCCAACUUCUGAAACCCCCAAUCAGCCUCCUCUCGCUUGGGAUCAGGAAACCAAUCCUCCCGUUUGGAACCAUGAACCCAGUUCGUAUCAGAAUACCCAGCAGCCCGAGUAUUCAUCCCAACAAUUCUUUGAUGGAAAUCAUUAUGGAGGAGUCGACUACGUCCCCGAGAACUAUCAAGAACAACAAUACCAACCUCAGGAAUACGAUAAGAACUACUACCAAGUCCCAGUUCAGACCCCGAAUCAUCCCGGAGUGGAAUUCAGAUAUCUGAUGCCAAAGCAGGAUCCAGAAAGACCGAUUCCUUUUGUUGAUGUGGACUCGGGAGAGAGGCGGUUGGUCGAUUCGUUUGACACUCCAGAUGAUCUUCCCUUGAAGGAAGAGGAUGAAUAUCCGGCAUUCUGGAAUCCUUUUGAUCAUGCAUACGGUUCAUUGGACGAGCUGUUACGGACUUUCUUCGGCACUCCUGGAGGUAAUGGUUGCUGUGUGUAGAGUUUGGAAUUUCUUUUUCGUUAAUAUUUUUGUUGUUUUAGCCUCUGGAGAAGUCCGAGACACCUUUAACGUCCCUGAGGACCUCACGGCUCAUGCGCACAGUGCUUUCAGCGGGUCACCAGACCCGGAACCGGUCGAUGACACAUUCCAAUCGGUCCCCGACCACCCGGAAGUUGUGAAAUCGGCUUUUGAGAUCUCUCCAUCAGACUCUGGGAUCAUUGUGGACACGUUCCAAUGGCCAGAAGAGGAGAAUGAUCAUUAUGGAGGAUACAGGAAGAAGAGAGAAGCCUCACGCGGACAUUCCAAGCCGUGUAAAGCUCGUGAGAAUGAACAUGUGGUAUGUUUUGGGGUUUGUAUUUUGUGCUAGAUGGAUUAGGUAAUUUUGGAUGAGAUCGGAUUGAUUAUUUGUUAAAAUUCCGAUGUGGUAUACGUUUUUAUUGCAGAAACCAAUCGACAAAGCCAUCGAGGUUUGCAAAUCCCGACCGAAUGGACAUCUGAUUGCUCUGCGAAAGUGCCAACGGGACUUCUUUGUAUGCGGAGUACCAGUUCGAGCCUUCCGAUGUGAGGAUUCCGACUCAGUUUUCGUGGCCAAGAAGAAGGGAUGUAUCAAGAAGAAGGAGGCCAGAUGUUUGAAGAAUGCCCGCAAGAUCUCGUUCAGAAAGCGGCCAUGCAAGAAUAAGACGGUGAGCUUUUUGAUUUGUAGAUAAAACAAUUUUGUUGGUUCGUUUAAUAAUUCGGUUGAUUUAAGGCCACAUUUGUCCAAACAAGAAAGGAAAAGGAUCCCCGAUGUGAAGGACAGCCUCUGGACAAGUUGGUGGCCAUCAAGAAGUGUUCACGAGAUUAUCUUCAAUGCUCAUCCCCCGUCAGAUUCCUCAGCUGUCCUGGAGAAGGGCAGGCAUUCUCGCAGCAAGCCCAGUCCUGUGUCCCGUCCAACUCGGUGGAAGAGUGUUCCGGUCCAACAAAGCAAGCUCAAAUAUCAGCGUCAGGUCAGAAAGGAGAGCCUCAAUCGGUCGAUUUCUUCUGUGAAUUGAAGUCUGAUGGGUUCUAUAGACACCCAAGGAAUUGCUCGCGGGUUGUUCAGGUAAUUAUACUUUUAUUGUUCAGCUUACAGUUAGAUUUCGGGAUUUGAGAUUGCUUUCUUGCUUUUUGCAUAUUGUUAUGUAAUUUGAUGGUAUUUUUGGACUUGUUAUGAUAUUUUCAGUGCUUUGCCAACGAGAUUUUCGAAUAUCCGACCUGCCCUCAAGGCCUCUACUUUGACGAGGCGCGUCGAGUCUGCGACUACAAGGAAAACGUUCCAGAAUGCUCAGUCCCUCCGUCCGAAGAUGUUCAGCCAAGAACUGAUGAGAAUCCCGCACAUCAGGAGACGAUCUGCAGCUCCCACAGUCAUGGAGACCAUGUCCAGCACCCGACCGACUGCUCCCACUUCUACCGUUGUGUUUGGGGUCGUGCCGAAUUGAUGUCCUGUCCCGAGACCACCGUCUUUAACCCCGCCCUCAAUGUUUGUGAUUACCCGUCCGCCGUGGCACAAUGCUCAAGCUCCCGAUGA